UAUCGAUAUUUAAAUUUAUAAUCGAUGUUGUAAUGUUCUAUUUCAAUAAAGUAUAAGCAAUAUUAAAAAAUAGUUUUAAAUUAUUUUACUCUUAAAAAUAAUAUGAUAUAACAAAUUUCAUUUCAAAAAAUUAAAAAACAUGCUUAAAAAAAUUAUAUUAUAUGAGUUUUUCAUAUUUUGGCAAUUAAGUCAAGUUCUAGAUGUAUAUUGUGAUACUCAAAGUGAAGAUUUUAAAAAAUACAUGAUUGACUCAUUAAACCACAUUCGUGUUCAAAAUGGAUGGGCUUCAAUUUAUCAAUCAGAAAUUAAACUUGAGCACUUAAUAAUUAAUACCGAAACCGUAACAAGUGAAAUUAUCGAUGAAAGUAACUUUAUACAAAAACUCUACUAUAUAACUUUACUAUUAAAUUGUGAAUAUACCAAUGUAAUGCAAACUUUCAAUGUAAUGUUAGGUCUUGUUUUAAAUAAGUGUGAAGUUAAAUAUUUAAUAAAUAAACAAUAUGAUCAAUUGGGAUAUUGCACUAGGCAAAUAGUUUAUAUUGUUAAAUAUUCAACAGAUAUGUUUAAAAAACUGCAGACAGCGGCUAAAUACCUCGACAAAAUCGACCUACGAAUUAUAGACUUACCUAUUUUUAAUAUUAAAACUGUAGAUAAUGAAAUAAAUUAUUUUUACAUAUAUGCAAAGGAUUUAAAAUAUUCUUUAAAUAGUUCUAUUGUUAAUAGUUUUGAAAGCAUAAAAUAUUUUAAUAAAAAAGCGGAAUUAAUGAUAUCAAAUCUAUACAAUAAAAGAAAAGUGUGUGGAACAGAACACAAAAGUUCUAUUUUAGCCGAUUUAUUGAUGAAAUAUAACAUCGAUCAAAUGGAAAAAUUGAUAGAGGACUCCGACGAUUAUAUUAAUAUUAUUAAUAAAGAUCUUAAAUUAUAUUUUUCCGAAAUAAUUGAAAAUUGUUAUUUAAAACUAGGCUUUGAACAACUACAAGGAACAUAUUCAUUCAAGUAUAUUCAUUCUAAAACUAAAAUAUACGGCGUUUUUGAUGGUAUUGUAUUGUGUAAUCAUUUUAUUUCUCAUCCUGGUUGGAUGUCAUUAGAACAUAUAUUUGUUAAAACUGAAUAUACAAACGAAAAAUCACUAUAUUUCAAAGAUAUUAUAUGUACCGUUGAUAAGGACAAUUAUUAUUUCGUGCGGUCAUGUCUUUCACUUAUUUUAAGAUGUCGCUAUAUUGAAAUAGUUCGCAAUUUUUCUAUAAUGUUGGGACAUAUAGUUAAUGUUUGUAAAUAUGAAAAUAAAAUGAAUUGUGCAGUUAAGCUUUAUGAAACACUUAUGACAUCCGAUGAUAUGUUUAAAAAAAUGUUAGUUGCUCUGACUACUUUGAGACAUUACAGAAAAGAUAAUAAAAGUCGACGUCAAGAAUUAUUACUAGAGAAAGUGGUAGAAAUUUUUAUUGAUUUUUUGAAUAAUGUUAGAAAAAAGUAUUUUUCCCCAUUAUUAUUUAUUAAUAAUGGAUUUUAUGAAGCUCAAUCGUUUCUUAAAGAAGUAGCUGAUAUUCAAUCUUCAGAUUUACAGAAGAAACUGAAAGAAGUAAUUCAGUAUAACAUGAAUUAUUGCACAAUUAUUAAAUGUGAAUCCGACAUAUCCUUAAUUACAACAUUUGAACAAUUGAUUAAAACCAAUACCUUGACAGAAUCCAGUAAUAUAUAUAACUCGUUGUGUGACUAUUUGGACUUAUUUUUUCAAAACGUCCUGAUAAAUGAUUAUGUGAAUUUAGGUUUUGAUAAUUUGCCACAGUAAAAAAAUAUAAUUAUAUAUUAUUAUAAAAUUAAUUAUUUAUCCUUAAAAUAAUUAAAUAUUCAUGUAAGGAAAUAUUUGUAUCCUUCUAAUAAAUUAGUUAUAAAAAUUCCUGUAUUUUUAUAGCAUUAAUACAUA